UUUUACUUCUCAGGGCUGAGCGGCAUCUGUGUCAAGGACGGGAGGUCUGCACACCCUGGGCUGCAGGCUCCUCUGUUCUUUGGAGUAGAGUCUGACAGACUUCCCGGGGCAUUGUUUGACAGACUUUUGUGGUGUGAGGUCCAGGAAUCCCUGUGCCAACUCCUCUGGAUGGAUUUCACUCCAGGUUCCAGGCUCAGAGCUCAGAUUUGACCUCUGCCCCGUUCUGCCUGGUGUUCUGCAUCUGAGGCUACAGAGAGGGGCAGAAACAGUAAGGGAUCUUGGAUCACUGGCCUCACUGAGAUGGGCUCCCUGCCCUACACCAGUUGCUGCCUAGCCUGGAAAGGAAUCGUGGGCAUCUUUUUUCUGCCAAUUAUCUUAUCAGGUUUUGCUUCUUGCCCUAAACAUGAAGAUGGAAAAGUGACUUGGUCUUCAUGCAGGUCUAACUGGUCUCAUCUGAACCCUCUCACACUGAAGAAACGAUCUGAGGGACUUGUUGGAAGGUGUGCACACUUCACCUUGGAGGGUCAUAAGUUCCUCAUCUUCGGGGGCUCCAUCCAUUACUUCCGGAUGCCCAGGGAGUACUGGAGGGACCGCUUGCUCAAGCUGAAGGCCUGUGGCUUCAACACUGUUACCACCUACAUUCCAUGGAACUUGCAUGAGCCAGAAAGAGGCCAAUUCUACUUCUCUGGGAACCUGGACAUGGAAGCCUUUGUCCUGUUGGCUGCAAAGAUUGGGCUGUGGGUGAUUCUGCGUCCAGGACCCUACAUCUGUGCAGAGGUUGACCUUGGGGGCUUGCCCAGCUGGCUUCUGCAAGACCCCAACAUGAAACUGAGAACAACAGACAAAGGCUUUGUUGAAGCAGUUGAUAAGUAUUUUGAUCACCUGAUUCCCAGAGUGAUUCCUCUCCAGUACCACCGUGGAGGCCCUGUCAUUGCAGUGCAAGUAGAGAAUGAAUACGGUUCAUUUAAUAAGGACAAAGACUACAUGUCUUAUGUAAAGGAGGCCUUGCUGAAAAGAGGGAUUGUUGAGCUGCUCUUGACCUCUGAUAACGAGAAGGAAAUUGAGCAAGGUUCUGUUGAAGGAGCACUGACCACUGUCAAUAUGGAUUCGUUUAAGGAGAAGUUCUUUUCUAGGUUUCGUCAAAUGCAGAGAAAUAAGCCCAUUCUGGUUAUGGAAUAUUGGACUGGCUGGUUUGACAGUUGGGGAAGGAAACAUCAUGUUAAAAGUGCGGAUGAAGUUGAACAAACUGUGUCUGAACUUAUCAACCGUGAGAUCUCCUUCAACGCAUAUAUGUUCCAUGGUGGAACCAACUUUGGUUUCAUUAAUGGAGCUGUAUAUUUUGGGAUGCACAGAGGCGUUGUGACUAGCUAUGGCAGGUAUUAUGAUGCUGUGCUGACAGAGGCUGGAGAUUACACAGAAAAAUAUUUCAAGCUUCGCAAACUCUUUGCAUCUAUUUCAGAAAAGCCCCUGCCCCUCUCACCUCAACAUACUUUGAAGACCGUGUACCCUUCUGUGAGACCAUCUCACUUCUUACCACUGUGGGAGGUUCUUCAGUACUUAAAUGAGCCAGUGAAGUCACAUAUUCCAGUCAACAUGGAGAAUCUUCCGAUAAACAAUGGCAGUGGUCAGUCCUUUGGAUUUGUCCUUUAUGAGACUUCAAUCUGCUCUGGAGGCUACCUGCAUGCUGAAGUUCAUGAUAUUGGACAGGUGUUUUUGAAUUACACAAUUUUAGGAGUUCUGAAUGAGAAAGUUCAGGACCUGUUCAUUCCUAAUUUCACGGAAUGUCAACUUCUCAGAAUCCUGGUGGAGAAUCAAGGACGAGUAAAUUUUUCAUGGAAAAUUCAAGAUGAGAGGAAAGGUGAUAUCAGGGCCUGAGAAGCAGGCAGUGGUUUCACUUUAGUUACUUAGAAUGAAUAGUUGGGGCUGUGUUGGGUUUGGGAGAACAACAGUGGACUCCUCAGCAUGGGAUACUGAGGAUCUAGGAUCAAAGAUGACAACUCUUUUUCUUGCCCUCUCCUUCCUUUUCCACUUCUACAGGGCAGGAAAGUAGAACAGUUAUUGGGUGCUGGUUUGUCCAAGAGCAGGGCCCAGUCUCCUUUUGGGAAUUUUAAGAAAUGUUCCAAUACUAAGUGGGAACUUUCUCGAUAGUUUAAGUAUACAAACAAGCAGAAACCUCAUUCACAGCUGUCACAUAAAUGUCCUCCUGACUGUGCCCCCGUCACAAGGCAUACAUAUGUCUUCAUGUCUUUGUCCCAGAUCCUGAAGAAUAUCCAGUCCUUGUUUCUAUUCUCUUUACUGCCUCCCCUCUGCAGGAUUAAUUGGCCCUGUUAAAAUCAAUAAUGUUUCUCUGGAGGGUUUUACCAUCUAUUCUUUGGAGAUGAAGAUGAGCUUCUUCCAGAGGUAUGUUCCUCUCUACCUCCAAAG